AUGGAGUCAAAAAAAUCAAAUAGCGCUACACCCUUGCACUCUAUUCGCUCCAAUGUUGAUGUUGAUGCUAUCCAUAUAACAUCUGUUCUUUCUAAUAAAGGUAUCACGAUUAAUGUUGACCAUGUAAUCGAUGAUGAUGAAGCCAAAAUUUUAGCUUUAGGUUAUAAACAAGAGUUCAAGAGAGAAUUUUCUCUUUUCUCUAUUUUCGCUGUUUCCUUUUCAGUUCUUGGAUUGUUACCAUCUAUUGGUUCAUGUUUUGGCUACCAACAGCUUGUUGUUGGUAUGUCUCCAAUUCCUUGGCUAAUUGCUGUAUUAUUUAUUACAUCUGUUGCUUACUCCAUGGCAGAAAUUGCUUCAGCAUUCCCAACUUCUGCGGGAACUCCAUAUGCUGUGUCCCAAUUGGCACCUCCUAAAUGGUCCGCUUUUUUAACAUGGAUGACUUGUUACUCAAACUGGCUUUGCCAGAUCACCGCUUCUCCUUCCGUUAAUUAUGCUUGUGCCUGUAUGAUAUUGGCUUUGAAAGCAUAUAAUUCUACGGAUGGUUACUCCCCUUCAAAUGGUGAAAUUUAUGGGUUAACUUUGGGUAUUCAAAUUUCUCAUGCCAUUAUUUCAUCAGGUCCAACCAAAUGGUUAGCUAGAUUUAAUUCUUUCAGUACUAUUGUGAAUAUGUUAUUUUUAGUAAUUGUAUUUGUCAUGAUCUUGGCAGGGAACAAAAGAUCUGAAAUCAAUGAAGGUGCAACUAAAUUUAACUCUAAUAGUAUUGCUUGGAGUUUAGAUAAUCAAACUGCUUGGCCAAUGGGUUUUGCAAUGUUACAGUCAUUCUUAGGUGUUAUUUGGGCAAUGUCUGGUUACGAUUCUCCAUUUCAUUUAUCUGAAGAAUGUUCCAAUGCGGCCGUUGCCGCUCCAAAGGCCAUUGUAUUAACUGCCACUUGUGGUGGUGUUAUUGGUUUUCUUUUCAUGUUGGCAAUUUCAUAUACAUUAUACGACCUUGAUGAAAUAGCUGCUGAUCCUCAAGGAUUGGGGCAGCCUUUCGUCACCUACUUGUCACAAAUAAUGGAUAAAGACUUAGUCAACACAGCAACUGCCUUUACAGCUAUUUCAGGAUACUUUAUGGGGUGCUCUUGUUUAUUUGCUGCUUCCCGUGUCACUUACGCUUAUUCAAGGGAUGGUAUUUUCCCAUUAUCAAACAUUUGGAAGAAAGUCAACAAAACUACUCAAACCCCUGUAAAUGCAGUUUGGAUUAAUAUGUUCCUUGGUCAACUUUUCUUAUUACUUAUGUUUGCUGGUGACGUCGCUAUUGCAGCUAUUUUCUCAGUCGGUGGUAUUGCUGGAUUUGUUUCCUUCACUAUGCCAACAUUACUUAAGAUUACCGUUGCUAGAGAUUUCCAAAGGGGCCCAUGGAGUUUAGGUAGGUACUCCACUCCAAUUGGAGUCGUAUCUUGUGCAUUCGUUGCUGUUAUGAUUCCCGUGUUAUGUUUCCCCUAUGUUAAGGGUGAUGAUUUAACACCUGAUGAGAUGAACUGGACUGUCUUAUGUUAUUUUGGCCCUAUGUUAUUAGCUGGUAUCUGGUACUUUAUUUACGGUAGAACAUUCUACUCUGGGCCAAAAUGUAACAUUGAUGAAGCUGAUAUUAUUUAUGAUGAUACUGGAUUAAUUGAUGGAGUUGAACAAACUGAGAAGCAUCAAACUCAAAUAGACACCAAGGAGAGUACAUAG